AUGUUCACUUCCGCCACGCUCUCCCUCCUCGUCGCCACAACGCUCGCAGCUCCGGCCCCCCUUCAGUUCAACAAUGCCGACGAAUUCAAGCAAGCGCUUCUGGCGGAACCCGGACGCCGCAUGGAUGUCGUCAAUGGCGUGUACGUUGUUCUGAACAGCGACAAUGUCACUGUAGCAGCGACCGCGACCCCCAAGUUUAGUUGGGCGUUGAACGAAACCAUAGAAGCCGGAAAGUGCCUCGACUACACUACCGUGCUCAUGGAGGUGUCCGACGACACUCCCAAGCCUUUCAACGAUGGGGGUAACUUCAAUGGUUGCAUCGUCCAUUGGUGCCCGACACCAGGUGACCCGAGGCCAUGCCUGGGUUAUGAGGGGUGCACCGUUUGCAACAUGUACUCCCGUUGCUUCUAG